AUGGCAAAAGAUGGCGUCCGGCUACAUCAAAGGCGGAACAGACGUCGGCGGAGAGGCGGAGCCACGAUGACACGUGUGAAGCCUCUGGGAAGCUUUAACAUUGACACCAGCCAGAGGUGGGUCUCGCCACCCAUCAGCCCUCACUUUGGACACCAGGUUCUUCAGCAUUCAGAUGGGCGACAGAGCUGGCUGUAUAAAUGCUACUUGCAGAAUGAGAUCCACUGCGAGGAGGCCGGCUUAGGAGAAAACAUUCAGAAGCUGAAAAAGAUCCAGCCUGGUAUCGCUUUAGCCCAAAGCCCAGAACAGAUUUUGGCGUGCAUCCAGCAGAAGCGGCGCCAGCUGCGCAAGGCCACAGAAGAGCUGAACGGGCUUUGCGUUCUGCUUGCGAAGGAUUUCCAAGAGAAGGCGUUCCUCAACCUCACCAGCAUCAUCAGAACUGCAUUAAACCAGACUGGGCAGCGGCGGAGCAAAAGGAGCGAUGAAAGUGACGGGAUCGACCAGGGUGAGGACACAGACAUCAAGAGUUCUGCAGCCCAUGCUGGGGGUUUCACUGGUGGUGCGGCCACCAGCGCUUGCCAGGAUCCAGAUACUCACAAGGGCAGAGAAAAAGAUUGUCCAGAGGGAGGCUUGGAGCUUGGGCACAAAACCUUUAAUGUUAACAAUAACAACAAUUAUAUGGUGGAGGAGGAAGAGGAGGAUGAUUCUGACCUGCGGACUGAAAUAGCAAUCGUCUUGGACGGGUCUGGCAGCAUUGAGCCCGAGGACUUCGAACGAGCCAAGGAUUUCAUCUAUAACGUGCUGAAGAUGUUCUACGCAAAGUGUUUUGAGUGUGCCUUUGCUUUGGUCCAGUACGGAGCUGUCAUCCAGACAGAAUUUGACCUGCAGGACGGCCGGGAUACCAACACAGCCCUGGCAAAAGUUCGGGGUGUGACCCAAGUGGGCAAUGUGACCCGGACAGCAUCUGCCAUCCAACAUGUCCUAGAUUCGAUCUUCCAUGAAAGUCAUGGGUCCCAGAAAAAUGCUGCCAAGAUUAUAGUUGUGUUGACGGAUGGGGAAAUUUUCCUGGACCCUAUGAACCUAACUUCGGUGAUUAAUUCAAAGAGCAUGGCAGGGAUUGACCGCUAUGCCAUUGGGGUCGGGAAUGCGUUCAAGAAGACGAAAGCCCUUGACGAGUUGCGCCUGAUUGCUUCGGAUCCAGAUGAAACACACCUUUUCCAAGUGACCAAUUAUUCAGCCUUAAAUGCCCUGCUGUCGACCCUGCAACAGAAGAUCAUUGGCAUAGAAGGUACGGCUGGAGAUGUCUUGGAAUUUGAGCUGGCCCAAAGCGGCUUCAGUACCCACCUCCUGGAUGAGCGCUAUGUACUGUUUGGCACUGUUGGAGCCUUUGACUGGUCUGGAGGGAUUCUUCUCUAUGACAUUGCCAGCAAGACCGCAGUUUUCUUGAAUGAAUCAAAAGAGGCAACGGGUGGAAGAAACAGCUACUUAGGGUACAGCGUGGUGGCCGUGAGCACAAGGCAGGGUGCUCUGAUUGUGGCCGGGGCACCCCGACACAGCAUGACAGGGAGAGUGAUGGUGUUUGAAGGAGAUCUGCUAAAGCAAACUCUACACGGGGAACAGAUUGGGUCUUACUUUGGCGCUGUACUCUGCCCACUGGACAUCGACCAAGAUGGGCUGACAGAUCAUCUGCUCGUCGGAGCCCCGUUUUUCCAUGUCUUUGGGGAAGAAGGAAAGGUUUACAUUUAUCGCUUUGAUAACGAGGCAAACCUCUUUGCCCUGGAGGGGCACUUAAGUGGCCAGCCUGCCGUGGCUUUCGCCAGCUUUGGGUUCGCCGUGGCCAGCAUUGGAGACGUGGACCAGGAUGGCUAUGGGGAUGUUGCAAUUGGCGCGCCCCUUGAGCAUCACAAAGCGGACCCCAGCUCUUUUGGCAGCGUUUACAUAUACAACGGCAAGAAGGAUGGGAUCCGGGGUCCCUUCUCCCAGAGGAUAACAGCAACUCAGCUUGGUCAAGGCCUCAUGCAUUUUGGAAGAUCUGUGGCCGGUGGUCUGGACUUCACGGCGGACGGUCUCCCAGACAUCGCCGUGGGAUCUCUGGGCAGAGUCACCUUGCUUCGCUCCAGGCCGGUUUUUCGAUUGGAUGCCAUCAUGCAAUUUACCCCCGAGAGAAUAUCCAGCUUCUACAACAGCAGCACUGUGGCUGCAAAAUUAUGCUUCCAUAGAACUUUCCCUCCUGAGACAGCCCAGCCAGGAAUGCGGAAUCUAAUCAUUCGCUUCAAUGUGGAUUUGGACGUUGAGAUGGAAAAGAAGAGGGUUCAGUUUGAGGACCACGCGACCACCCUCAGUCACGCAAUCUCCUUCACUGAGCAUCCGUGUGCCGCACUGCAGCUGUAUGUUCUGCCAUGCAACAACAAUUGCUUCUCCAGCGUUGCUUUCAGACUCAGCUACCGGCUUCACAGUUCCAGUGAAGACCUGAAUGAUCCCAUGCCUAUCCUUGAUAUAUAUCGGGAAUCAGAGAUGUACUUCCAGUUGCCUUAUAAGGAUGACUGCGGUAACAAGACCGUCUGCACUCCACAUUUGACCUUGGCUGUUCAUACUGAGAAGAACCUGGUGGUUGGCGCCACCAAGGAGCUGACCAUGAACCUCCACCUGGCAAACACGGGUGACAAUUCUUACCUGACAUCUGUGGUCUUGGAAUACCCAGAAAACCUGUGCUUCAAAAAGGUCCAAGAGUACUCAACCCCUUCGUCAGGUGGGGAGUUGUUGUCAGAGGACAGGAUUUCUUCUGCAACGAUCGACUGUGAUGCCCCUAAACCAACCAAGCCUCAGUUCUCCUCUCUGAACUGCAAGAUUGGACAUCCCGUGUUCAGGACUACGGCAAAUUUUUCCGUGAUCUGGCAAUUAGAGGAAAGAAAGUUCCCCAACGAUUCUCCAAGCAUCACUGUUAACCUCAGCAACACCAACCCAAACAGCACGACCUUGAUAGAAGAACAUUUCUUCAACGUGAAAUAUGCUUUCAGCACUUUCCUCAGCAGGCCAGAUCCUAUUCUAUACGUGAACAUGAGCAAAAGAGCCUCCCAGAACACUCGCUUUGAAUUUAAUAUAAAUGGAAAAAACCCGUAUGGGGUGCAGCUUGAACUGCAGGUCUGGGUGCCAGCCCUCAUAGACAGCCACCAGGUUAUCCAUGUGAAGAAUGCAACCGGGACACAGAAAACCACAGUAUGCAGAACUGCAAGGGACUUCAUAAGGAAAGAUUCUGGGCAUGCCAGCUCAGAGAACAGUGGGACAGUCCAAUACCAACUUGUAACCUGUGCUAUCGUGUCGGAGAAAGAGAACGUUAUUGUGACCGCAGAGCUGACUUCAGCGAACUCUUUGCAGGUCCUUAAAAACAGGACUGGCUUGCUGGUUACCGGAGAAAUAAUUUUCAACAGAGACCUUUAUGUGGGUUUGAAUGAAAGACUCCAUAAAACACAGCUGGAUACGAGAAUCUAA